GCGGGGGCGGUUGAGCACGUGCUCCGUCAUGGCGUCCGCGGCCCGCAAGUACUCGGUGCUGCUGCCCACCUACAACGAGCGCGAGAAUCUGCCGCUGGUCGUGUGGCUGCCCGUGAGGAGCUUCGAGGAGAGUGGGAAUGAGUUCGAAAUUAUAAUUAUAGAUGAUGGAAGCCCAGAUGGGACGCAGGAAGUUGCUGAACAGCUAAUAAAGAUUUAUGGAUCAGACAAAAUUCUGUUGAGACCCAGAGCAAAGAAACUUGGAUUGGGAACUGCUUACAUUCAUGGAAUGAAACAUGCGACAGGAAACUUCAUUAUUAUUAUGGAUGCUGAUCUCUCACACCAUCCCAAAUUCAUUCCAGAGUUUAUCAAAACACAGAAAGAAGGAAGUUUUGAUAUUGUGUCUGGAACUCGAUAUAAAGGAAAUGGAGGUGUGCAUGGAUGGGAUCUAAAACGAAAAUUGAUCAGCCGAGGUGCCAACUUUUUAACUCAGGUUCUAUUACGGCCAGGUGCAUCAGACUUAACGGGAAGCUUCAGGUUAUACAGAAAAGAGGUUCUACAAAAACUGAUGGAGAAAUGUGUUUCAAAAGGAUAUGUUUUCCAAAUGGAAAUGAUUGUCCGGGCCAGACAACUGGGAUACUCUAUUGGAGAGGUUCCUAUAUCAUUUGUGGACCGAGUCUAUGGAGAAUCCAAACUAGGAGGCAAUGAAAUAGUUUCCUUUCUGAAAGGACUGUUGACUCUAUUUGCCACUACGUAAUAAAGAGAUUCAGUAUUAUUCCAGUA